CGGAUCCAGAUCUUGGUCACAUAACCAUCAACCCCUCAUACUCGAGUUUCUUGUACAUUGUCCCAUCCUACAUCUGGCGCGUGGCGGGCUUCCCCGACAAGAAGCUCGACACAAAAAAACCAUGGUGUCCUCCACCCCAUAUCUCGACGCCCUACGCAAAGACGGCUUUGUCAAGAUCCCGCAUCUGCUGCCACCACACGUCGUGUUGGCGCUAAAAGCAUCUUGCAAGUACACCACCGAGCGGGCAAGGAACGGUAAAUGGCCAUACGUGCGCACCGUGCCCAAGCAAUACCCACCCUGGCAGGAAUGGCAACCAGGCGACAACAUAUGGGGCGUCCAGCAUUUGCUUCACCCGGACAUGAACGUCCGAGACACUUUCGCCGAAGUCUACUUUUCGGACGAGAUCCUCGACGUGGUCAAAGAGCUCGUCGGUCUCAAGGGCGACCCGGAAGGCGACGACAAGCUUGUGAUGGAACUGUUCAAUCUCCUGGUCAGUCCUGCCGACCAGGUUGACUUUGAGCUUCGCUGGCAUCGAGACGACAUUCGGCCCGACGUGACGCCUGAAGAAGAAGAGAGACAGCUCAAGGAUAAAAGCGCCGAGGGUCAACAGUUACAUGCGCAGUAUAACAUUGCGCUUUUUGAAGACGCAUCUCUCAUUGUGGUACCGGGCAGUCAUCGGCGAGUAAGGACCGAGACGGAGAGAGAAGCAGCCCCCUACGAGCCAAAUCUACCAGGCCAACUCCUGGUCGAAUUGCAGCCUGGAGACGCGGUCUUUUACGACAGCAACAUCCUUCAUCGAGGUGUCUACAAGGGCAUCGACACGUCCAAGGAGCUGGGUCGGAUGACGUUGCACGGAUCCGUGGGAUUGGCAGGCCAUGGAACCGAGCGUGCCCGACAAGUCUUGCAGCAUGCCGUUGGAGACUGGGUCGACAGAGCGCAGUUCUCGAUCGAGGGACGCAAGGGCGAAAGGGCCGAGGCCAUGCGGAAAAGAUUGGUGGAGAUGGGUAGUGGGAAGGAUCUCGGGUAUUCGCUGUUGGGAUGAGGAUCCGAGACUGUCGUAACGGCUUCAUCAUCGAGCGGCAUCCCUGUGAGGGUUCAACUGGUCCUUUAUCGGCUCUUGCAAAGAAGUUCUGAAAGCGUCCGCAUCGUUCAGUAGGAUGGCACCUUUCGUACCAGUUGCUCCUGCGUUGAAAGCUUCUCGUACGAACCGUCUUUCUCAAGAUUCUCGCUCAAUGUUUGUUCUCUUGAUAUUCUCAGAAGCUUGAUACUCCCAUAGGUCGAGAACAGAAGCAUUAUGCUUCCACCAUGUCAGCAGGAAGAAUCUAAUCAAAGCGAUACGAC